AUGGAUCUGUUUCCUUUCAUAUUCCACGAGAAGCAAGAAGGCCAAUUAUGUGCCCAACAUGCUUUGAACGCCCUACUCCAAGGCGCCUACUUCACAGCAGUGGAUCUAGCAGAUAUCGGGCGGCAGCUAGAUGAGGAGGAGCGGUCGGCGAUGGCAGAAGGCAACAUAGGCGGCCACGAGACCGAAGAAUACCGCAAAUUCCUCGGCGAAGAGUCGUCCAACUAUGAUGACUCCGGGUUCUUCUCGGUGCAAGUCAUCUCGCGCGCGUUGAAGGUGUGGGGGUUGGAGAUUACGGCGUUUGGGUCCGAGCUUGCGGUGGGGGCUAGGGAUGAUCCGACGCAGGAACAGGCGUUUGUAUGCAAUCUGCAGGAGCAUUGGUUCACGUUACGAAGGUUUGGAAACUCGCCUAAACGGUGGUACAACCUCAACUCUGUUUUCGACGGCCCGGAUUACGUUUCCGAGACCUAUCUGGGUCUCCUACUAGCCCAACUCCAAAACGAAGGCUACUCCAUCUUCAUCGUGAACGGCACCCUCGCACCCUCCGAAGCUGACAUCUACGCGGAAUCCAGCCCCGUGCCCGACCCCUCGCAGAUCCCAAAGAAGCCGAGUUCCACCACACCGCGGAAAACGGCGAAGGGAUGGCAUCCGCCUGCCGAGUUGGGGGUUAGGGGGCAAGGCGUCGGUGGGUCAGCGGAGACGGAGGGUGGGGAUGAUGAAUUGGCGAGAGCAAUAGCCCUCUCCCUCGGCACCGACUUCCCACCCCCUCCCCAACAACCCGCACAACCGUUCACACUCGAAACCGACUCGGAAGACGAUGACCCGGACCUUCGCAUCGCGCUACAACAAAGUCUCUCGGACGCCGGAAGCGACUCCAAAUCCCUCCAGCAGGCGUUGGAGGCGAGUCGGAGGGAGGCGGGAUUGGUUGGGACGGAGGGGUCGGUGCCGCCCGUGGAGAGUGAGAGGGAGAGGAAGAGGGACAGGGAGGUGUCGGAGCCGCCAGAACAGACGCAGGAGAGUUUGGACCCGGCAGAGUUGAGGAGAAGGAGGUUGGAGAGGUUUGGUGGAUGA